CUUUAUUUUUUUUUAAUUAAAAAAAAAAAAGGAGAAUUGGGAUUCUAUUUCUCUCCUCCUCCUCCAUCUCCUCCAAGUCCUCUUCCUCCUAGAACGGAAAAAUAAAAGAGCGGCGUCUCCAGAUCCGAUCACCGCCUCUCAACCCCCGCGCCUUCGAAGAUGUCUGGUUUCAGCGGUGACGAGACAGCGCCCUUCUUCGGCUUCCUUGGCGCCGCGGCCGCCCUCGUCUUCUCCUGUAUGGGGGCGGCGUACGGGACGGCGAAGAGUGGAGUGGGGGUGGCCUCGAUGGGGGUGAUGAGGCCGGAGCUGGUGAUGAAGUCGAUCGUGCCGGUGGUCAUGGCGGGAGUUCUGGGGAUAUACGGCCUCAUCAUCGCGGUCAUCAUCAGCACCGGUAUCAACCCUAAGGCGAAGUCCUACUACCUCUUCGACGGAUAUGCCCACCUUUCAUCCGGCCUCGCCUGCGGUCUCGCCGGCCUCUCCGCCGGCAUGGCCAUCGGCAUCGUCGGCGACGCCGGCGUCAGAGCCAAUGCACAGCAGCCCAAACUCUUUGUUGGAAUGAUCCUCAUCCUCAUCUUUGCCGAAGCACUGGCCCUGUAUGGCCUCAUUGUUGGUAUCAUUCUGUCAUCUCGUGCAGGCCAAUCUAGAGCAGACUAGGUCAUCAGUAAAAAGAGGACAGAGAAUCAUGCUUGGUAGGCUUGUUUGACAAGUUAGAUCCUUAUCUGCCUCCGAGUCAUAGAAGGUUUGCAAUUCUUCAUGUGCUUGUAUUCUCGUGAAAUUUUGAAUUGGUCAUAUUCUAUUUAGUGAUUAGUCUUUGAGCACAAUGGGGAUGAAUAUGUAUGCCAAUAAAGAUAACAUGGCUGUUACUUUUUGGGCUGCAGCAUUUGAAUUAGCGCUUCAGCUAUUGUGAAAACUACCAAUGUAAACUUGGUCCAAUUUUUUUGCUUGGUGACCUAAAUUUCUUUAUUUUGUUUCAUCGUCA